GCAUCGAGAGCUCAGUCCAACCCGAAACCCCAACAGAGCUCACCAACCCCCCCUGCGCUGACUCUCUCAAAUCUCUCCCUCUCUCUCACUGUUUCCUAGAGGGAGAAAACCCUAAGAAGGAAUUCACAAUGGCGAGCAGUUCGGCGAACCUGGAGGAUGUUCCGUCUGUGGAUCUCAUGACUGAGCUUCUUCGUCGCAUGAAAUGUGCCCCCAAGCCCAACAAACGUCUCAUUCUCAUUGGUCCACCUGGAUCAGGGAAAGGUACUCAAUCUCCAAUCAUUAAGGAAGAAUACUGCUUGUGCCACUUGGCUACCGGUGAUAUGUUAAGAGCUGCUGUUGCUGCUAAAACCCCUCUUGGAAUUAAGGCCAAGGAGGCUAUGGACAAGGGAGAACUUGUUUCUGAUGACUUGGUUGUUGGCAUCAUUGAUGAAGCGAUGAAGAGACCUUCAUGUGAGAAGGGUUUCAUUCUUGACGGGUUCCCCAGGACUGUCACUCAAGCAGAAAAGCUUGAUGAGAUGCUGAAAAAACAAGGGGCUAAAAUUGAUAAAGUUAUUGAUUUUGCAAUUGACGAUGCAAUUUUGGAGGAAAGGAUUACUGGCCGCUGGAUCCACCCUUCAAGUGGCAGGACCUAUCACACAAAGUUUGCACCUCCUAAAGUUCCGGGAAUUGAUGAUGUAACUGGUGAACCCCUGAUUCAACGUAAGGAUGAUACUGCUGCUGUUCUAAAAUCGAGGCUGGAGGCAUUUCACAAGCAAACUGAACCAGUAAUUGAUUAUUAUAACAAGAAGGGACUUGUUGCACAUCUUCAUGCAGAGAAGCCUCCUAAAGAAGUCACAGCUGAGGUGCAGAAAGUACUUUCAUGAAAGUGAUGCACUCCGCGGACCUAGGCAGAUUAAGUUCAACUUUGAUUUUUUGAGAACUUCACUGAGUUUUGCUCUUGUAUCAGAUAUAGUCAGAAACAUUCUGAUGAAUUGGUUUUUUUUCAAUUGCUACAUGGGCUGCGAAUUUCAGCCAUCAUCCCUGGUGUUUCUGAGUUUAAUGUUUUAAAUAAUUAUAUCCCUGAUUGAGAUACCAGAUGGUAAAGGAGAAUGAUAUUGUACUUAUAGUUGACAUUUUCUUUCA